AUGCACGUUGCAAGGUCUAUAUACAAAGUGGGACCGGUGCCGCUUGCUGAUCCGGUCGAAUGUCCAACGUCCCCCAACGGAUUGCAUGAUAAUUCCCGGUGGAGGGUUGUCAGGUACCGCGGAUACCGCUAUCGGCUCGCACAUCUGUUGGAAAAUCACCCACGCUUCGAACGCGAUACACGGACAUAUCCACAAGGUGCGGCGCCAGGACCGUGGCCUAUUUUCCAAGGCGUGCAGGUGGUAUUUCCAAGGUUCAGGCCUGGUGCCGGCGCGCAAGCCGCAUUGCGUCGAGCUCCGGCCCAUGUCCGGAAAUCCGGUCCAUCGAUUGCAGCCAACCAAUCUCGAUCCCGAAACGCAGCGCCUAGCCCCCACCUCCUUGCACAUUACAUUGCCGCUUGCAUCGACUCGCGAAUGUUCAUGUACGCUUCUGCCCGACAUGCGAUCCGUGAUAGAUCAAGCAUUGCCGCUGCCCACAUGUGCCCACACAGAGAACGGCCGCCACGCAUGCCACGGCGUAACGUCAUCCCAGGCACCUCCACUCUGCGGGGUCAAAUCCACGUGACAUUGUCCGACACGUUAUCAUCGCUCAACGAUUUCACGGAUCUCUCGAACGGCCCUCCGCCCGCACUUGCUCGCGCGACCGGACUUGCGCCGUGGAUAAAGACAUCCACGCCAGCAAAUGCCCGUGCGAGAAUGAAGGUUCUGUGUGUCGCGGAGAAGCCCAGCAUCGCAAAGAGCAUCACGGCCAUCCUCUCCGAGAACAACUUCACCUCGCGCCAGAGCGGGCACCAGUACAUUCGCAACUAUGACUUUGACUACAACCUCCCGCCCCCGCUUGGCGGAGGUCGAGGAACUGAUUUUACGGUUACUAGUGUAUUGGGCCAUCUGACCAGCCUCGAUAUGAAGAGGGUCGAAACCAACUUGAAAAGCGAAGCUCGCCGCGCCCAGAUCCUAAUGAUAUGGACGGAUUGCGACAGGGAAGGCGAGCACAUUGGCUCUGAGAUUGAGUCCCUGACGCUCAGUCAGAUACACCAAGCAUGUCGGCAAGCAGGCAACCUCGACGAGAACCAGGCGAAAGCUGUUGAAGCACGCACCGAGCUGGAUCUCCGUAUCGGUGCUGCGUUUACGCGCUUUCUGACGCAGACCCUGCAAAUCCGUGUUCCAGAACUCGGUGAUCAGAAGCUCGUCAGCUAUGGUCCGUGUCAGUUCCCCACGCUCGGUUUCGUCGUCGACCAAUACAACCGCGUGCAGUCGUUCGUUCCCGAGCAGUUCUGGUACAUCUCCGUCACGUGCGAGCGUGAUAGUGGGGAUGGGGAGACGUUCAAGGUCGAGUUCAAGUGGCGAAGAAAUCACCUCUUCGACCUCGACGUCGCUGUACUGCUCUGUGAACGAUGCAUCGAGGACCCAACGGCGACAGUGUUGAAGGUCGAGGAGAAGCCGACAACGAAAUGGUUGCUGGACGGAGCUUUCCAGACUCCCCGCAACGGACGAAAGAACGACAAGGCACAUCCCCCGAUCCACCCCACGAACGGAGCACAGGGUUUGGAGGGUGAGGAACGCAAAGUCUACGAGUUCGUCACGCGUCGUUACCUUGCCUCGUGCUCCAAGAACGCGGAGGGCAUGCAGACAACGGUUGAGAUCGAGAUUGCGGGCGAGUACUUCCAUGCGAGCGGCGUCAUCGUCAAAGCGCGCAACUACCUCGAGGUCUACCCGUACGACAAGUGGAACAGCAACCCGAUUCCCGACUUCCAGGAAGGCGAGCAGUUCGUGCCGGACGAGUGCAUGCUGAAGGAGGGCGUCACGACGGCACCAAACUACCUGACAGAGGCGGACCUCGUCGGCCUCAUGGACAAGAACGGCAUCGGGACGGAUGCCACGAUUGCGGACCACAUCGCCAAGAUCAUCGACCGCGAGUACGUCUUAACGAAAACCCAGCAGAAGACCAAGUACCUCGUGCCGUCUAUGCUGGGCAUUGGGCUAGUGGAGGGCUUCAACGCUAUCGGCUUUGACCGCUCUCUCAGUAAGCCACACCUAAGGCGCGAGACCGAACACCGCAUGCAGCUCAUCUGCGACGGCCAGCAGCGCAAGGGCGAGGUCAUCGAUCUGAGUCUCGAGGAGUAUAGGGAGGUCUACGUCAAGGCGAAGCGCGAGUUUAACACGGUCGUCGAUUCGGUCAAAAACUACCUCCAUGGAGAAGGGGAGGCGCAGGAAGCUCUCCGCGCAGCUGCGCGGGGUGGUCGCGGGGCUCGAGGUGGUACGCGUGGAACUCGGGGCACCAGAGGAACACGCGGCGGUCGUGGAGGUGGCCGCGGAGCUGCACCUCGAAAUUCUCCGGACUACGACGAUGACGAUGACGAUGACUUCGGUGGACCGCCUCGCGGUGGAGGAGCAGUACGCAGUACAUCAACUCGCGGGCGUGGAGCAGCUCCGGCCCCGACUCGUGGUACAACCAGGACACAUGAUGGCGGAGACAAUGAGCCUCCCUGUUGCCAGUGUGGCACGCCCGCCGUCGAGAGGACGAGCAACAGUGCCGCAAACCCAGGGCGACAGUUCUACGCCUGCCCUAAACCUCGUGAAGAGCAGUGUGGGUUCUUUGUGAGUUUCAUUCCCGCAUCGGAAGCUAACUCUUCUCAGCAAUGGGCCGACGAGGCUGGCCGUGAUGGUGGCGAUGGGCCCGCGCCAAAGCGACCGCGCACAGCUGCACCGGCUGCACCGGCGGCCCCCUCGCGGGACGAUGAUGCCCCGCCUCGCCGUCCCACGGGCGUGCGGGGCAUCGUGCGCUGCGACUGCGAGCUCGAAGCUAUAGCUGACAACCAGGCUGCUUCAAGUGUGGCGAAGAGGGCCACUGGUCAAGCGAGUGUCCCAACGAAGGUGGCGGCCCACAAGGCGGUCGGUCAAACAACACGUCUCGCGGAGCUGCCCGGUCAGGAUGCUUCAAGUGCGGCGAGGAAGGACACUGGGCCAGCGAUUGCCCGAAAGAGCAGAACGGUGGAGGGUACUCUGGUCGUUCCACACGCGGUCGCGGCGGCACUCGCCGUGGGGCCACGCGUGGCCGCGGUCGGGGACGAGGGGGUGGCCGCAGUGGAGGCGGAGGCGGAGGAGAUGUGCGGUCAAUCGGGACAUUGGGCGAACGCCUGUCCCAACGCAUAG